AUGUCACAAACAAUAACAUUCGCUCUGCUUGCGACAACCUUGCUGAUGCGCAGCGUCAAUGCGCAAAUUGAAGGAUGGCGGGGAAACUUUGGCAAUAGUGGCAACAGGGGCCCAGGAUGGUGGAACAAUGGUGACAAUGGCGGCGACGACGGCGAUGGCAGUUCAUCAACAGGGAUAACCGGCGAGAACUCGUUGUUCUCUUCCCAGACCGAGUUCAACAAAGCCACCCGAAUUCUUAUCAUCCACGCUGUCCUGGCCUCUCUAGUCUGGGUCAUCUUCAUCCCGUCGUUGGCAAUCCUUUUACGCCUUAACAUCAAAAACCCUGUCAUCCUCAAGAUCCAUGCGGUCGGUCAGAUCAUCAGCUAUAUUAUUUACAUCGUCGCCGCCGGCAUGGGCUUUUGGCUUGCCCAACAAUCGGCCGCAUAUGGAGUCUGGAACGACCCCCACCCAAAGUUGGGUCUCGCGGUCCUUGCGAUCGCCUUUUUCCAACCCAUCUUUGGAGCGAUUCACCACCGUAUCUACAAGAAACGAGCCGUUAACGCGCAGGCGGGCAGAUCCACUGAGGCGCCAGGUCGGACGUCGGUUGGCCACGCCCAUCUCUGGCUAGGACGACUCCUCAUCGUCUUAGGCGUCAUCAACGGCGGCCUAGGUAUCAGACUGGCAUCUUUCAGCCCGUUUCAGACUGGCGCCACAACCAACAAGGCUCGCAUCACCUAUACUACCAUGGCAGCCGUCAUGUUCGUACUGUACAUGAUCUUUUUGAUCCUGUUUGAAGUCAGACGAACGCGGCAUCAGAAUGUGAAGUUAGAGAACAGGAGCAGCUCAACGAUCCCGAAGGAUCCCUUACCAACGUAUGACGAAAGCGAGGAGUCUGUAGGAAGGAACGCUCGGUAUACUUGA